UUCAACUGCCUUACCAAUCCCUAUGAUAAUUAUUAAGCAUGCUUUUGUCUAAGAAACUCCAAGAGAAUUAGCAAAGAAAAUGGCUGAAGUGCACACUCUCUCUAGAUGUGUAAUCAAGCCUUCACAACCCGAAAAUAGGCAAGAGAAGCAACAUGAUCAGGUACUCCAUCUCACACCGUGGGAUCUUAGGUUAAUCCCUAUAGAAUACAUCCAAUAUGGCAUUCUCUUCUCCAAACCUCCUGAUGCCACAAAUGAUGCCAUUAUCUCUUUCAUCAACCAGCUCAAGACCUCUUUGUCCAUAGCUCUUGGUCAUUUCUAUCCUUUGGCUGGUCGUCUCAAUAUCUUUAGGCAUCAUGAAGCCACAACACCAUUUGUCACUAUUUCCUUGACUUGCAACAAUGAAGGAGCUGAAUUCAUCCAUGCUGUUACCACUAGGAAGUUCACCACCUCGGAGAUCAUCGAAUCUUUUAUAGUACCUCCCUUAGUUCAACUCUUCUUCCCUCUUAAUAAAGUGAAAAAUCAUGAGGGUAAUUCUCAACCACUACUAGCAAUUCAAGUCACAGAACUAGCAGAUGGCGUUUUUCUUGGAUGUUCCCUCAACCAUGUUAUUGGAGAUGGGUUCUCGUUCUGGCACUUCAUCAAUUGCUGGUCUGAGAUUUCAAGAACCGGUAAUCUCAAAGUUGCUAAUCCGCCUGUUCUUGAUAGGUACUUUUUUGGAUCUUUGACUUCACCAAUUCACUUGCCUUUGAUGGAUGUCGAAGAUAUCAUCAAGGUCAGGGACAAUUUUGAUCUUCCAUCACUAGAGGAAGGCGUCUUCCAUUUUUCUGCUCAAACUAUUGCAAAGCUCAAGGCCAAGGCUAACACAGAGAUGAAUACUAACAAUAUAUCAUCCCUACAAGCCUUGUUAGCUCAUGUUUGGAGAAGUAUCACAAUUGCUAGAUCCCUUGAACAACAUCAAGUCACGAGCUUUUAUUUGAUCCUUGGUUGCCGGCCAAGAUUGAAUCAUCCUCUACCAGUAACAUACUUUGGAAGUGCAAUAUUAGUAACAGAUCCAACAAAAUUGACAGCAGGAGAGCUGGUGGAAGGGAGCUUAGGAUCGACAGCAUCAAUGCUUAACCACGUUGUGGCAUCUAUGACUGCUACUAAAAUUCAAAAUUUUAUUGAGAAAUGGCCUGAAACUGUGUCAUUUAGUAAUCUUGGUCGCUGCACUCCAUGUGAUUUAGUUUCAGAGGGUUCCCAUAGGUUUGACAUAUAUUGGAAUGAUUUUGGUUUGGGAAAACCAAUUGCAGUUCGUAGUGGAAUAGCCAACAAGUUCGAUGGAGCCGUGACCAUUUACCCCAGUCCACAAAUGGGAGGUAUAACUUUAGAGAUAUGUCUCUCGCCAUCGGUGUUGAUGAAGCUGAUUGAAAAUCACGAUUUCAUGGACACUGUUGCUCAUUUUUAAUUGUUUUGUUCGCAUCUUCGGGCCAAGUUUUCAAUGAAAUAAUAAAUGUUGUAAUCAAUUUUAGAU